CGACUUGGCGGGAAUGGCAGUAACAUACGUUGGCAGUUUUGUUCGUACUCCAUUCAAUUCUGACGCACCAGUAGAACGAAUAUAUCAGUUAGAAACAUUUUUAUUUACGGUUUUCUCUAUUAACUACAUUAAUUUUUCUUCUACGACGUUUAUUCAACGAACACGAGAUCAUUUUUCGUUAAAAAAAAGUGCAUUUUUCGAAGUCCCUGUGUUUGUUUAUUAACACGAUUUCUUGUAAACAACGUCUUUUGUCAGAUCGUUGAUUUUUCGUCUACGAUCAUAAAAUAGUUUACUCAUAUAUUGUUAAAAAAUUUUGACGAAGAGCUACGUUUCGCUUGAUUCUCAGUAUGACUUCUCCGUGCAGAAAUUCUAAAAGACCUUUCACCGUUUGCAUUGAGGGCAAUAUCGGCAGUGGUAAAACAACGUUUCUGAACAAUUUCAAAAAAUAUGACAACACUAUGGUGCUUCAAGAGCCGGUAGAGCUUUGGCGAAAUGUUUCCGGAGCAAAUUUAUUGGACUUAAUGUACAAAGAUCCAAAAAGAUAUGGUUUUCUCUUUCAAUCAUACGUACAGUUGACAAUGCUCCAACUUCAUACACUCAAGACUGAAUUGCCCUACAAAGUUAUGGAAAGAUCAGUCUACAGCGCCCGUUGUUUCAUUGAAAAUAUGAAACGGACCCAACUUUUGAGCAACGUAGAAGUUAUUGUGCUCGAAGACUGGUAUGAUUGGUGCAUAAGUAAUGCAGCCAUUGAAACGGAUCUUAUCGUUUAUCUGAGGAGUUCUCCGGACAUUGUGUACGACAGAAUUCGCCAAAGAGCACGAAGAGAAGAGGAUUGCGUAUCGUUGGAAUAUCUAAGACAAGUACACGAAGUUCACGACGAGUGGUUGUACAAGAAAACAUUAUUUCCUGUACCAGCACCAGUUAUUAUUCUAGACGCGGAUCAAAACUUGGAGGAGAUGUUUGAGCAGUUUGAGGAUUGUAAAAAUCGAAUAUUUGAGAGGCAAACGAGUAUGGAAGUGGAAAAUAGGAUACCAAUAAGCGCGACUUCGCCCUGCAAGUCGAAAAAAAUAGCAGCGGGUUCAUCAGACUAGAUAAGUUGUCUUUCAAUGAUCAGUACUGACGUGCCAAUCAAGUGACUAAAAAAGUAACCAGAAAAAUCAGAUUUCGGCUUUCGAAUUAUUCUUUAAGUGUGGGUAUCGUUGAAAAUCCACAUUAAACAUUUGAUCCUUUAUUCAAAACUUCAAGAUCAUUCAAAACGAGGACUGCAAUUAUUGUUUCUUUUCCCAACGCACCGUGGUGAAAAAUUCUUGAUUCAUUAUUGCCGCGAUAGUUGUGAGCGUCUAGAAGACUAUAAUUCAAUUAGAAAAAACAGGCUGGUGUACUUAGAAAAAUUGACGGAGUGCAAUGAUCUCAAAAGGCUAUUGUCCUCGAGUUUGAACGUAUAAUUUCUCGAAACUAAGACUUCCAAACAACCGUUGAAUUUUUGAAUCUUUCGAAAAGUCCACAAAAUGAAAGGAUUUCACAGAGUUCGCAUUAACUUUUAUAAUUAGGAAUAAAUCAUUGACCACAUCACAUGAUUGUUAAUACAUAUUCAUUCACAUUUCGCAUUUAUGCAUUUAUAUAUAAAUUUAUAUAUAUACAUAUGGAUCUAACGACGUUGGAAAAGUACAGUAUCUCUAUUUUUUCAUACACUUAAUUACGGCAAACUUAAAGGUCGUCCAGACGCAAACAUACUUUUAGAAAAACAUUAUAACUCUCGACAUAUAUUUUUUUUCUAUAACUAGCGAUAAUUUAGUACAUGUUGCCAUGAAUUGAAGACACAAUGCUACAAAUUAUUGAAUUUCAAAUCUCCAACGCUGUUCGACUGAUUGGGAAAAGCUAAGCGAUCCUUCACUUCAGUUCGAACCGCUUCUUCUCUGUGACAUUUCAAUUCUGGAAAAUACGUACUAGAAAUUCUUAUGAUUUGAAUUUACAAGACGGCACCGUGGUCCUUCGUCGUGAGUGUAACUAAGUAAUGGGGUUCAAAACGAUCUCGAUUUCCACCGUCCCACGUUCGCUAACAGAAUUCUUUGCAGUCGAAGAAUUUUUAUUUCCAAUUCUAGGACAAGUUAGAUUCUUGCUCUUGAAUUUUCAUCAGACGGGAGCUUAUCUUUUGCUCUGUCAUCCGGAAACGAAGAUCACGAGAUAUCAUUGAACUUCAAAAUCUUAUGUGUGAACAUUUGGUAAUGGUAAAAAGAUUGAAAUCGUUUUGAACUCUGUUUUCGGAUUCGUGAUAGAAAAAAUGAAUUUUCGAGGCCUACGGUUGACCCUCAAACAUUAGAACGAACAAAUAAACUAAAUUUAUAAGAAAAAUCAUUGAGUAAUUUAUAAAAAGCCGUAUCAGAGCUGUAUCCUGUUUAUCUAGGAAAGAAAAACGUUGAGUCGUGACUCGAAAUAAAAACUUAAGCAAAUGAUACAAGUAA